AUGGAAUCCAAAGAGGACAUCUUAAAAAAUAUCGACGACUUCAUAAAUUUGGAACUAGAAACACCGUUGACGCCAGACAGAGAGGACGACACUGAUCGAUCAGAUUUGGAGCGAGUGUUCGAAGAAAUGGAUAGUCAACUAUUUACAAAACUCUCAUGCUAUUCACCGCCCAGAGUGUUUCCAUCGUUACCACAGGAGACGGCUGGCGAACGGGACGAUGUACAGGUCGGACGUACGCAAAGGGACGAACGUAAUCUCGCGAAAAAAAAAACUAAACGGAAUAUCACGAAGAAUAAAAGAAAAGUAAUUUUGAAUCGUCGAGCAAUGUGGAAGAAAAUUACAAUAACGUAUAAUUUAAACAUGUAAUAAUACAUUAUUAUUGAUAUUAUCAUAAUAAGCAUUAAAAUAUAGUAUAGGCCAUGAUGAAAAAAAAUAAUAAAUAAAUAAAUUAUUGACCGUUGCAGAAACGUCGAUUCGACAAACAACCACUUAUCGGAUUAAGAAUAUUAUGGCCCGAUUUUGAUUCAAUAAAUAUUGAAAACAAUACCAUAACUAUUGUGAUAAUACACCUGAUAACACAAAUACUCAAUAUGUUUUCCAGUUUUUCGCAAUGUUUACUAAUCAUACAAGUUGUAUUAUAG